AUGCCGGCAUUACCGGGAAGUCCCGAUGCAAACUCAGUAUAUACCAUCCAACAGUGGCUAUUUCGCCGGCGUACGCACACGCGUCGGUUCACAAAACGUUUUAUUGUCCUUUGCGGUGAUACCAUAUAUGCAUAUCGCAAAGUGGCCAGCUUGAACUCAGACAAAUCACUCAACACGAUACUGAACGAUGCUUCCUCUAGAUGGAAGAUUUCCGGAGCCACUGUUAUGGCUGAGUCGUUCAGUGGUUCUUCUUUCUACCGCUGGCGUGUCUCCUUUCCCAUGCAACAAUAUCAUAGGAUCACCACUGACGACACCUCCCCAAUAAGCUCUGGCAGAGUUGACUACGAUGAUCUAUGGUUUGGCACUCCAGACCUGCACGUGGCAGAAGAUUGGAUACUUGCGAUGACCAAGGUGGCUGAGUAUGGUUCGCUUGAAAAUUGGGUGUUUAGGAGCCCUAUUAAGCAGAGAUUCACCCAAUUCACACUACCUUGGUACUUGAAGCCUUUUGAAUAUUUACCAAUGGAACAUAAUAAUCCUAGAGAGGUUGAUAUGGAUCAGAAUUAUAAGAAUUUUCAGCCAUUUAGAUCUCCAUUCUCGUCCUUAUACAUAAGAAUAGACCGAUUGGAAUGUGUACCGGCAUUCGCCGACACUGCGAUUUACUGCGUUAUAGAGGUCCAAAGCUCACUAUAUAUAAUGCGGUUAUAUGAACAAGAACUUGGUUCAACGCUUGAAAUUUCUACUGUUGAUGAUGACUCCUUGGAUACUACAGAUGAUAGGUCAUCUGUGUUAAUGAGCGGGGGGUUAAUUUCGAGAUGGUUAGCAAGGACUGCUAAACAAUCAGAUAAGAAGAAGAAUAACAUUGUUUUGCGCAAUUUUAUUUACCCUGGAGGAGCUUCCAUUUGUAUCCCUUUAUUUCAGCCCCUCACUAUGCACUUUAUUCACAUACACUUUUACUCUGUACAGGACGAAUAUCUUGGCACUGUAGGGAUUCCUGAAACGGACAUUUCGGCCGUGAAACCAGGUCGUACCUCCGGUUAUGGCCUCCGUUCAAUGGAUACUAUUCAUCCACUAUCCCCAAAGAGAUUUUACAUGAUGGAGGAUAAGAUAAUGCCAAAACCGGGUACCCCAUCCACUGAGAGUUUUUAUAGAAUCCCCACAAUGUUUUACUCCGAUAUGGGUAUACCUAAAACUAAUGUCGAGCGAUUAUCUGGACUGGAUAACUUCGGAAUGGAGCAAUUGAAAGGCAUUAAAACAUUGCUCACACAAAAUAUAAGCGGUUUUGAGUUGGAAAACGGGAUGAAUUCGUCGCCUUUGGGCGUUGUAUACGUUUCUGCUUGCAAUCCUAGGCGAUUGGACCAUGUUUAUAUGCCAGCUAAGCAGGUUAUUGGUUCUAAGAAGUACUAUGAUGCCAUGGUGGAUAGGGCCAAUGGGCCUUUAUCACUACAUAUGCUGAUUAACAAUUUGAGGCGGGGAAGCAAGAUCGUCAAGUUGUUUAUUAACUUCAAGUCUCAAGUGAAGGAUGUUUUUCAUUUUCGCGACUUUUACAAGUCAAUUUUCUGGAUUUUCUAUACGAUAAUAUCCCUUUGGAUCUUCCCAGAUUAUCUGAUAACCCUAACACUUCUACCCAUACUGCUGUGCAUGAUCAUUUUUCACCCAUCAUUUUACAGCAUUUUGGAUAAAUCCGUGCUAAGAUUCCCAAUAUUGGUGAUAUUUUUACCCAAGUUCCUGUCCUCCCACAUACGUAUACCUAAGUCGAUAUGCAUAUCUUGCAGCAAAGAGAGAUCAAUUAGGCCUGGCAAUAUGGAGAUAAUUAAUUUGACUUCAGUUUGUAAUCACUACUAUAGCCUGUAUACGUGCUUGGCCGGAUACGUGUUUUCGAAUUAUGGUGGCUGGGACAUUUUUGAACGACUAGAAUCUAGUAAGACUUCACCAAGCAACAACAACAACAACACAAUGCAAUCAUCACCACUCUAUAAUUCCCUGCUAUUUUACAUACCACCGCUUCCUUUCGGCCAACUUCCGCUCUAUACAAAUCUUUAUUAUACAAUCAAUUUUUUCAUUGCCAUGCUGAUCAUCACAUUCAAUGGUGGCCUAGUGUACCCUGAGCGACUUAAAUUGCUGUUACUUAUGCGGUUCAGCAUUGCUAAGAAGCCGGGUAUAAUUGGAAUGGACUAUUUAAACCCCUCGUCCAUGGGUUACGACUACUACAUACAACACGAGCGCAAAAAUAUGUUUGGAUUUUUCAGUUCCUCAAAUUUGUUAUCUUUUGAGCCCACACACUGGCCUCCCUCAUCAUCUCCUCUCUUGUCUAAUCCUCCAGACCUUUCCAAAUGGAAACUGAUAAUUAACUCCAAUACUGAUGCAAAUGGUUGGCAAUACUCAACACAUUGGGGGGGGUUUUGGUUUAAGGAAAACAAUGUGUUGACGUUUAUUCGCAAACGCACUUGGAUCAGGGAUUCCAAAUUUCCUUUUGAAACUGAUAGCUUCCAGUCAAUUUCUGAAUCUGGUGAUGUAGGUAUAAUGGAACCGGCAACGGACGCAAUGCCUCUGGCAGAGCAAAAUGAAGCGAUGGAAAAUACGGUUGCUGUUUCAGAAAAUGAGAAUCACACGCCAAAUUACUUUCCAAGUCUACCAGGUACUCUUAACACCAUUGAAAGAGCGAUGAACUGGGCUAAAUCAGGCUGGAGCUUAAAUUCCAGCAAUAAUACUAGUUCCAGUGUUGUUAGCGAAGUUCGGCCCAAGUUAUUCAAAUUUAGGCCUGAGGGUGGACUGAGAAAUCUAAUUAAGAGAAAAUUUUCGCAAGAUGCUCUGGCAAACUUAGCAAUUAAAAGGGGAGGUAUCCGCCGCAAGCCAGUUGAAUUAUCCAAUACAAUUGAAGAAUGCAAUGCCACUGAUGCGUGGAUUACCAGUCGUGAUUCAAUGCUGACUUCUAACAGAAAUAAUGGUUGCAGAAAUGGCUCGGUUUUGAAUGAUUUGGAGGUAGAUGAAUUCGAUAGGACCAUUAGAAAGGGCAAGCACAUCAAAUCUACCCAGGCGUAUAUUAAAGUGCUAAGAGUUAGGGACCUUAGGAAGGGUAAAACAGGAAAGGGAAAAAUGAGACAUUAUAAUAAUUUGAGUAACAAAAAAUUUACUCUUAACCGACGCCACGUAAAUUCGGAGUUGAGUGCAAUUUUGAAUAAAAUACAAAAUGUUCGUUUCAGAAAUAUACAUUUGGCACUCAACUUUACUCAUAAAAGACGCUUCAAAAAACACUUUAGGAGGAAACUAUUAAUACCUGAGGGUAACUUCAUUUCUGACAUUGUACACAUAAUAAAGGCAUUAACCAGCCUCUCCAAACCUAAGGCAUUCGAAAGUCUGCUUAAAAUCAAACCAUUGUAUCUAAAGUACAAAAGGCCCAGAAUUUUAAAGCUGUCAUUGAGUAGAGUUGAAUUUAGACACUAUUUAUCUGUGAGACAGCAACGAAACGAGCUGCUCAGGCGCAGUGGAGCAACAAUAAAAUCUCUGUAUCAUCACUUAACCGAUUACUACUCAUCGGUUAUUUCACCAUCCCCUAUUGCAAUCCAACUGACCAGAGCGUUAGUUACACAAAACCGAAAUAGGCUGAGGAGGAGAAGAAAAACUGGCGGGAGGAAGAAGAUAGUUUUGGAUAACUAUGAAGACAAGGUUGAGGAUGAUGAUAUUGAUGAAAUCAAAGUGUUCAGAUGGAACCUCAACUACAAAGGCGGGAAGCGUUUCGGAUUCAUUCUGGUGGAGACAGAUAGCGGUAACUUUUUCAGGGUGACAAAGGCAAAACCCGAUAAGUUACUUAUCAAGAUCAAUCCGGCUAUGAUAGCGGAAAAAGGACCGGAUAUCUCAACAAAUAAUGUAUCCCACAUUUCAAAAUUUUACCAAAACUUAAAGAGAAUAUACUACACACGCGUAAAGCAUGAACGUGAAGUGGAACAGAAGAGUUCGGUUGGUGUUUUGGGGAUGUUCCGUCAGGCAAAGGGGCGAGUAUCAAAGGCGAAUGUUAUGAUAAACGAGUACAACGAUAUUAUUGAAAAGAUUCUCAAUUUGUUCACAUGGAAAAAUGUAUGGGUGUCUUAUUCAUUCAUACUACUCUUGUGCCAAGUGUUAGUUAUGAAUAUGUUCAUUUCAGCAAAGACAAUCAUCACAUUGUUCAUACUGUUGCAAUUUAAAUCAGGUUACACUAGUGGUUGCUGGGAUAGAUUACUAGUUUCACAUGCUGUAUCCCACAUUUUUAAGGCCACAAAGAAGUUGUCAAUUAACACGCCAUUUUGGAUCGUUCAGAGGGACAAAUUAGAGAAGCUCGCUGCGAUAUUAAAGAGAUCGUGCGGAGCAAAUUUGAGCAUUUCCACAAUCCGCCGCGCCCACGAUGUAAACACGUUAGCCAUAUUUAUUGCAAGAAUCGUUUCUAAGACAAAGAUGCAAAAGUCAGCCAGCAGAAAUAAUUGGUUUUCCAACCUCAUCCUACACUCGCCCACAUGGGACACCCUGUGA